GAAAAAUCAAACAAACCAAACAAACUUAAUGAACACCCAAACGACCACCUGGCUAACCAGAGUUAGAGAGGGCAAGCGGGUGGACUUACUGCAUCAGAAUCCAUUCAAGACCUGGAACCGUUGCGCAAACCUAAAAGCAAGCGGGAAGAAAUCAGUUGGUUUACAACAGCUCGUAAAAGGAUACUGAAUAUUAAAUAUUAGCACGCAAUAACCCGAGGUAAUUUUAGACUAAACGCUACUUUGGUAUUUUUGGAGGAUGAGUGUUUUAGAUCCGGAGCUGAAUUCACAGGAAUCACUGGACGAUAGUGUUGGUAAUAUGUCAUUUAGUUUUUCAAAAAUGGUUCAGCUAUCAAUUCAACUUCUUCCAGCAGUGAUGAUGACACGUUUUUGCUAACUGUAAAUCCUCUGAAUUCAUUCGAUCUUCAACCGAAAGAUGGUGAUUACAGUAGGUACAAGAAACAGUUGGAGUGUGAAUUACGAAUCGGAAGUGCUUAUUAUAUUGGGACUUCAGUUAAUCCGUCGUUUGGUCUUUCAAAUUCACUUGUUGGAAAUGAUGAUGUUGAGAAUAACAGAUCACGAGCCUUUAUGCGACAUCCAUUUAAUCUUUUGCUAGCUCGUGAACAAGGAGAUAUUGGCCCAUCAUCUAAGUCGCGGAGAUUGCGUUACAGAGCAUCUCGUUGGAUAACAGAAGGCAAUCAACGUUUUAAUGGCCUACAGAUUUAUGGUUUUCGGUCAAAAGGUGCACUGUAUCCUGAUGCACAAACAUUUCAAGAGAGUGUUCAAGGAAGUCUAUGGGCUGUCACACGGCUGCAUCUAGAAAAUAAAUUUGAAUAUCAUCGUGGCUGCGUUAAUACUCUGAAUUUCAAUGACAAAGGCAGUUUAAUCGCUUCUGGAUCUGAUGAUUUGAAAGUUGUUGUAACAAAUUGGAUAACUGGUGAACGAGUUUGGAGUUAUCAUACAGGUCAUUCUAUGAAUAUAUUCCAUGUGAAAUUUGUACCAGAAUCAAAUGACUUACAAAUUGUCUCUUGUGCUUGUGAUUCAGAAGUCAGAUUAGCUCAACUUUCACCUUCAGGUGGUUUAGCCUGUCCUACACGAUUGUUAGUGAAGCAUAGUCGAGGUUGCCAUAAAUUAUCUAUCCCUAAUGAUGAACCGAAUAUUGUUCUAUCAGCUGGUGCAGAUGGACAAGUAUUCUCAACAGAUUUAAGAAUUCCAAAGAGUCACAAGUUACUGUGGUUACCAUUUUCUGAAUUUUUCUCCAUUUCUUCAAACCCUAUACGGUCGUAUGAAUUUGCAUUAUGCGGCAGAUCUGAAUCAAUUGUGCGAAUAUAUGAUCGACGUAAAAUUGAUAAACGUGAUCCAAGUAGUGGACUUUUACAUUCAUUUGGUGCAGAUCAUUUACGUGGUAAUAGACGUCAACCAAGUGCUAAUGGAAUACUUCAAAUGAAUAAUCGUCUAAUUAAUUCAUGUCGACGACGUUUUCAUGCAUCUUUUGAUUCAGGUUCAGAUAGUGGAUCAGAUUCAGAUUCGAAUAAUUUAUUAAAUUCAUUAUCUGUACAACUUGGUCGAAGAAUUCGUGCUGUACUUAGUGGCCUUAGAGGUCGUGCAAGAGCAGCACUAUUAAUGGGGAAUAAUGAUGAAAGUUUUUUAUCAGAUCCUUGGUAUAAUUUUGAAAUUACAAAGUACAGUAUUACUGCCGGUGUAUAUAGUGCUCAGGGUGAUGCUAUCCUUCUGUCUUAUAAUGACGAAGAUAUUUACUUAUUCGAUAUUAACCAACCGAAUAAACCAUAUUUACAUAAAUACUCUGGUCAUCGUAAUAUGCAAACAAUUGUUGGUGCUUCAUUCUUUGGACCAAAUAGUGAAUAUAUAGUUAGCGGUAGUGAUGAUGGAUACUUUUAUUUAUGGGAUCGUGAAUCAGAAGGAAUAGUUCAAUGGCUUCAUGCAGAUACUGAUGGAGCUGUCAAUGUUAUUGAACCACAUCCUACAUUGCCUGUAUUAGCUUCAGCUGGUUUAGAUUAUGAUUUCAAGAUAUGGACACCAUUACGCCCAUUUUUUGCUGAAGAAGACAAAACAAUCGAUCACUUGAAGUAUACAUCAACUAAAAUCCCUUCAGCUGUUAUGCAACUUCGAAAGUCACGCUUGGCUAAGGCAUUUUUCCCAAAUAAUAAUAAUAAUAAUAAUGUUGAUAACAAUACUAAUGAUACUUAUAACAUUAAUAAUAAAGACAAUGAAAUGGAAUCACUCAGUAAAUUAUUAUCAGAUAAAUCAAAUGGGAUUUCAAUUUCAAUCGGUUCAUCGUCGUCAUCAUCGUCAUCACCGAGCAAUAUAUUCAUUUCUUCUACUAGUAAUCAUAUUCCACCUAAUAAUUACGAUAACUAUCAGGUUAUGCAAUCUGAAGUGAAAACUGUCAAUUCUAUCGUAAAUGAACAUUCUACUGAUAUGAAUUCUUCUUUGUAUACAGUUGGAAAGUGUAGAAAACGACCACAUCCAACAACUGAUGAGAUGACAGUAUUAUCAAAAGAGUUUAAUCAUCUUGAUAAUGAUACUCUUGAAUGUAAUGAUAAUAUACAGUUAAUGCCUAUUAGCAAUAAUACUCUUGAACAUGAAGAGUAUUCUUCAUGUCAGCUGAAUUCCUUUGAAUGUUCACGAAAUAAACAACCUAAGCGAUCAUCAUCACCAACAGCUACUGAAUCUUCUUCAAGUCCUAUUAAUCAGAAAGAUGUUGGCGUACAAAUUAAAAAAGAACACUCAUCUGUGCUUACAAUGAAAGAAGAUUCUUUUCAAACUACUGUUGAUUGCUUAUCAAAAGUAACUGAAAACUGUCAAGAUGCACACACCAAUGGGACCUUAUUAAAUAAUGAAAGAAUUCAACCACGUCUACCUCAAGAAUUUUUACCCUUUAAUCAAAUUGAUCUACAAUUGCGUGUUGCUCAAAACUGGAUUAAUCGAACUUGUGAAAACAUUUCAGUUGAUGGUUUAGACGAGGCGAAUUUUCGAAUUCUGUCAGCAAUCCAGUCAAUUACUGAAAUACGAGGUCGUAGAAGAGGUGGUUUACACAAUAACAACGAUAAUGAUAAUGAAGACGAUGAUGAAUCAGAUUCAAGCAGUAGUAACACUAGCAAUAGUUCCAGUGAAUCGAACAAUUCACAAGGAGGUAUUGGAAUUGUUCGAUCAGUUCUUAUGCUUGGACGUCGUCGUUUGCGAAAUAAUAAUAGUAAUAACACUAGUAACAAUAAUAAUAAUAAUAACGAUUAUAACAGUCCUGUAGUAGGCAGAAGUGAAGAAACUUUAGCGUCAAGAGAUCGUGAUGAAGGAUCGAAUGAGAACAGUUCAGAUGAUGAAGAUGGUAUGCCUUCAAGAAUAACUAGUUUCUUAGCGAAAGAACUUAAUUGUUCUUCGUCAUCAUCAUCAGAUUCAGAGAGCAGUAUUUCUUCAUGCUCAUCUUCAACAUCAUCAUCUUCUUCAUCAUCGACAUCAAAUAGUUCAUCAUCAUCAAGUUCAUUCUCCACAUCUUCGUGUACUUCAAAUACAUCUUCACUAUUCAAUUCACCUUUUGUUUAGAAGAGAUCUGGAAUAAUAUUUUUUAAAAAUCUGCCUAUUGUGAUUAGUUAAUUAAUCAAUUUUAUUGUAAAGCAUUUCAUUGUUGUCAUUACAUUAUAAAACUACCUAUAUUGGUACUCAAACUGUUCAUAUGAAUAGUACACAUAAUAAUAAUAAUAAUAAUAAUAAUAACAGUAAACGGCAUUGUUCAAGGGAUUGAUGAACAUGGAAAAUUGUUCUUUGUAAAUUAUAUUUUCUUCUAGUUAAUUAUGAACCCUCUUACAAUGAUAUAAUCUUUGACUUGAAUUCAUCCGGUGUGUUGUUCUUUGAGUGGAUAAAUAUUGUCACUCAAGAUUGUGGUCAUUAUGUGUGCAUGUGUGUGUGUGUGAGUGUGAGUGUAAAAGUACUUUUACACAAUACAACAGCUUUGCCAUUCUAGGGUUGCCAUUAUUCAUUCAAAUAUAGUUGUGUUUUUUUUUUCUCUUUUCUAUUCCUUUGAAUAACUCAUUUAUAUCUCCUUUUAUCAUAAAAUACUGAUAAUGUUAUAUAUCAGUGGGAAUCGAAGUAGAAAAUGAAGAAGCUGGUUUUUAAAUUAGAAGGUUAUUGUACGCCUACUAUUGAUGAUAGCGUAGGUGUAUUUGUCUGUAAUGUAUUCAUGACCUGUUUAUUCUAUUGUUUCAAUGGUAAACAAUUUUGCUGAAUAGAAUUCUUUACGUGUAUGUGUCAACUCUGCUAUUCCAAGGAUCAUAUCGCGAUCAUAAACGAAUGUUGUUGUUUCUCUUCGCAGAGCCAGAGUAUGGCUUAUACUUGGUAUUCGUAACCAGUUUCUGUAAAGUUAAUUACUGUUUCUUAAUGUUACUUGAUUAUUGGUAAAGAAAAACAUUUAUUGUAGAAUCUUGAAAAAACUAAUAAACUGUUAGUUCUAA